GAAACGAAAAGUUGUUCGGUGGAAGUUGUGAGUCGUGGAACGAGCGCGAUAAACAAAUUCUCGAUCCUCGGGGAGGACGAUCCAAUAUAAAUGAGACUUUGCCACGGUUAAACCGUUUCUCCCCUCUUUCUCUUCCUUCCUUCCUUCCUUCCUUCCCUCCCUCCCUCCUUCCUUCUUUCCUUCCCUCCUUCGAAACACUUCCUCGCCUCCUCGAAGGAUCGAUUUCGAGUGAAUUGUACGAUUGUACGGUGCAUCGAUUGUAGCAGAUGAUGGAGACCGGGCCAAGAAGACUGCUCCUCUGGUGGAUAUACAUUUUCGGCGUCGCAGGGGCGAACGUGCAGAGCAAAGUGAGAUGUUCCGAGCAGUGGAUGGAAGUGGACAUCGUGAGGAGCAGCCCACGGGCGAGGAUAUACCUGCAACAGAUGAAGGACUUUCCAGACGAAGCUUGCAAACCCCGGCUUAGCAACGGUGUCGCCACGUUCCGAUUACCUCUCCUAGAGGAGGACAUGCUGCGGUGCGGCAUCACCAGGGUCGUUAACAAAGUCACGGGUCAGAAGGUGUACUUUCAUCGGAUAAUAGUGGAGGAGCCCGCGGAUUCCAGCAAGCACACGUUCACCGUAAAGUGUGUUAUCACCGAGGUCGUUGUGAAACCUGGAAUCUCGAUCGCAGCCAAUCACACCGUGGUUCGCAGGAGCGUUCUACCAGCAGGUUUCCAGGAACCCGACGUGAUCGACAUCAGAGGUGAGAUCUCCGAGUCGGCGCCUGUACCGAUAUUGGGGGUCGGUGUGAGGCAAGGCGGGAAUCUGGUGACCGGCGAGCUGAACGUCAGCCCGGGCACGCCUCUGCAGAUGGAGAUCUUCUUGGACAACGGGUCGGCGCCCGUUUACGGAUUGUUGGUCACCUACAUGCUCGUAACGGACACCAAAUCGCAGGAGGAGACUAUCAUAAUCAAUGGUUGCUCCGUGGAUCCGUAUCUGUUCGAGAAUUUCAACACGGUGGACGGUGACUUUUUGACGGCGAAAUUCCGCGCUUUCAAGUUUCCAGAAAGCACUUACGUCCAGUUCCGCGGCACUGUUAACGUCUGCCUGGACAAGUGCCAAGGGAUCGAGUGCAGCAACGGCCAAAUUGGAUUCGGUAGGAGGAGGAGGGCCAUCGAUGUCUCCAACACGGAGAACAACAAGCUGUUCGAGGUGACCAUGUCCGCUCUUAUUAAAGUCGACUUCGAGGAGGACGCGGUGAUCGAUAAAGCUCUGUCCGAAUUGUACGUGAGAAGAGGGAAGAACAGGACGAAGGCGAGGGCGGUGAUCGCGGAGGAGGUGAGGGAUCGAGCUGGCCCGACCACGAUCAGGACGGAGGAGAGGGCUUUCAUCGCGCAGGAAGUGAAGGAGCAGUUCAAGUACAAGGUUACCGAGACGGAGAUGAACGGCUCCUCGGCCUGCCGCGACUCGACAAAGCUCUUGCCCUCUAUCCUCCUUCUUCUCUGUCUCUGCAAAUUUUUAUAAAAAGCCGAACAGACGAAGGGGGACGAUCCGACGAUCGUUUCUUUUUUUUUUUUUGAUUGUAAAUAGAAAGUAGAAUUGAGAAAACCGGCCAACCAAGGAUUCGAGCGCGUCCAUCGUGGAGGAGACAGACCGAUCGAAUUUCGAGCCGGAUGCGUUAGUAGUUAAUUUUUUCCCUUUUCCACGGAAGGAGAAAAAAAAAAAAAAGAAGAACGAAACAUCGAUCUUUCUAAUAACAUUGUCCGAAAUUGCUAAGCUUCUCAUCAACGGACGAUGUAUUAUCUCGGAUAGUGUUAAUGGAACGAAUUAAUAAAGAAACAGUUCGAGGAGUUGUAUCGAAGAAAUAUCGUAA